GGCGGGCUCUGCAGGGAAGUGCGUCAGAGGAGGCGCGGGGAGAGUAGGGUGCUGUGGUUUGAGCUUGAGGGUGAAGCUGGCGGAGCAGGAGGAUGGGCGUGUGCAGGUGAUAGACUAGAGAACAAGACCUCUGUCUCCGUAGCAUCCUGGAGCAGUCUGAAUGCCAGAAUGGAUAACCGUUUUGCUACAGCAUUCGUAAUUGCUUGUGUGCUUAGCCUCAUUUCUACCAUCUACAUGGCGGCCUCAAUUGGCACAGACUUCUGGUAUGAGUAUCGAAGUCCAGUUCAAGAAAAUUCCAGCGAUUUGAACAAAAGUAUCUGGACUGACUUUGCUAGUGAUGAGGCAGAUGAAAAGACUUAUAAUGAUGCACUUUUCCGAUAUAAUGGCACAAUGGGAUUGUGGAGACGGUGUAUCACUAUACCCCAAAACACAUACUGGUAUAGUCCACCCGAAAGGACAGACUCAUUUGAUAUGGUCACAAAAUGUAUCAGUUUCACGCUAAAUGAGCAGUUCGUGGAGAAAUUUGUUGAUCCUGGAAACCACAAUAGUGGGAUCGAUCUGCUUCGGACCUAUCUUUGGCGUUGCCAGUUCCUUUUACCUUUUGUCAGUCUAGGUUUGAUGUGCUUUGGGGCUUUGAUUGGACUUUGUGCUUGUAUCUGCCGAAGCUUGUACCCCACCAUUGCCACAGGCAUUCUCCAUCUCCUUGCAGGUCUGUGUACACUGGGCUCAGUGAGCUGUUACGUUGCUGGAAUUGAACUACUCCACCAGAAACUAGAGCUUCCUGAGAAUGUGUCUGGCGAAUUUGGAUGGUCCUUCUGCCUGGCUUGCGUCUCAGCUCCCUUACAGUUCAUGGCUUCUGCUCUCUUCAUCUGGGCCGCUCAUACCAACCGGAAAGAGUACACCUUAAUGAAGGCAUAUCGUGUGGCAUGAGUGGGAAGCUGACUGCUUUACAAUUGCCAUUUUUAUGAUUUUUUUGAUAUUAAUAUUUUCCCUUAUCUGCCCCCCAAUUGUUUUAAAUUUAACUCUUUUUUUAAUGGGUAUACCAUUUUAUCCUGAAAAUCCAUUUUAUUUAUUCACGCAGACAGUUGUUUCUUAAAACCACUAAAAUUUAUAUGGAACCUGAGUGAUUCCAUCUUUCAGUCAAACUAAUCUAGGUUCAGAGUCCAGACAGAAAAAAAAUGGGUAAACUCUUGGCACAAAUUUGUGAAAGAAAAUUGGUAGUAGGAGGUUGACCCAAAGCAAGUUCUGCUGAGGUCUGUUGGAUAAAGUAUCUGUUUAACUGGAAACUCUAGGUUGUUUGGGAAACAAUCAUUGUCAAAACUUAUGUUCACUUUGCUGUUGUAGAUAGCCAGUGAGCCAGAGGUGUUAGUGCUAUUUUCAAGGACUUAGGCUAUCUAAAAUAAGGAAAUUAUCUAAGAUUUUUUUUCUCUAAAUAUUGGCAUAUAACUUCAUCUGAGGUGAAAUAUCUUCAGUUGUUUAUCUGUACUGUGUCUGUUUACAAGAAAGGAAGUGUUUACAUGGAAUUUUAACUUUGUAACUGCAAGAAUUCCAGUUCAGCCAGAGAAGAGGAUUAACCUUAUUUUACUUUUUUUAAAAAACUCUCCUUAAUACGUCAAUAGGAUUUUCAGUAUCGCCAAACCAUUUUGGAUUUUUGUUCCUUCCCUCCUCACACACCAGACUUAUUAAAAGAGUGCUUUUUUUUUUUAACACUACAUUGGGGUCACAGAGUAAAAUUCUCCAACUGCCAUACGUUUAUUUCAGCUAAGUACCAUAAAGAAGGUUACACCAUAAUGACCCUCUGGAGCUAGGAAAACUACCACAAGAUCUAAAGCUUUGGCUGGUCAUUAACUUCCAACUAUGGUCUUUAUUUCUUGUGGUGAAAUGAUGUGCCUUUCCUUGCCUAAUCCCUUCCUGGUGUGUAUCAACAUUAUUUAAUGUCUUCUAAUUCAGUCAUUUUUUUAUAAAUAUGUCUAUAAACAUUGAACUUUAAAAAAUCUUAUUUAUUUAUUCCAUUACUGUAGUACUUGACAGAUUUUAAAAAAAAAUGUAACUUAGUAAUAAUUUCUUACAAAAUCCUAGAUCUGUCUUUUUUAAAAAAUAAAAAAAUGAGAAGAGACUCAGAAUUGUGUAUAGUGUCUGAGUUGAUUAAAUCUCAGUACCUUAGGAUAAAGAAGUACAGGAUUCUGAAUGAGGAUUUUGUGAUUUUCUGUGGGACAUGCAUUGUUGCUCUAUAGGCCUAUCUUUAUGUCCAGUGUUUGGGUCUCUGUUUUAUCUUCCAGAAUAUGUGGGAACCCCUUGCCCCCAUUAGAAAAUAAGAGACUAUUUCUUACGCUUCAGCGUUUUAAAGCAUGUUUUCAAAGUAGUUUUGUGAUCAUUGUGUAUCAUACUUAACGUGGCUAGUUUUUCAUAAAGUCAUUUAAUGGCUGUGGAUGUUUAUGUUGUAUAUUAAUCAAGUGGGCUUCUGACUUACAACAAAGCCAAUAUUACUCUGCAGCCGAUUAUUGCCUGUGAAAUGGCUAGUUACUCAGUUUUCUACCUCCUCCUAACUCUUGAAGUUUCAUUGCCUUUCAGCACCUUUUGUGGAAGGUAGAAAAGCUAAGUGAACAAAACACAGCACACUUUUGGGAAUGAGAUUUUAAAAUUAUUGACCAACAUGACAUUUUUGGGUUUGGAAGUUAUUUAUUUUAUCCCUGCCUCUUGUCACCCCAGAAUUACCUGUAACUUACUCUAACACCCGUCUUUAGUGUGCAUUGAGGAAGCUUAGUCAGGAUCUGACUUUUGAGCCUCACCAGUAGCACCCUUAAAUAUGGAAAGCUAGCACCAUAAGCCCUGGUGCUGAGUAUGUGUUGUUUAAGCACAUUUCAGAGUAGCUGAGUUCAUUCUCUCCUGCAAAGAUUUUUUUCUUUGGAAUACAAAGGCUUGCAUUGUUUCACUUGAUGUGUAAAUAUUACGGUUUUUCAGCUGUCUAAUGAUUCUAGUCAAGUAGAACCAUAUGAAAUUACUGAUAUUUGACCAUUUUUGAUUAAACUGAUACAUAAAAUCAGUGGCAAGGAAAGUGCUAUUAAUCUCUUUUUCACCUAAUCUUUGAAAGCAACCCCCGAAGUGUAAAAAAAUAAUUUUCAGAUUUUUCAGAACGUGAGUUUUAUGGCAACUUAAGAAACAUGUUUUAAGAUCUUAAUUUUAUGGUUCCUGAUCUCAUUUCAUGAUGUGAAUAAAUGUCUUCUAUAUCCUUUUUAGCAAAGACUCAUUUUAGAAAAUUUCUUAAGGAGAGCCAUAAACACAGUAAAAGUUAAUACAAUAAAAAAGGCAGAAUUUAUUUGUUCAAUUA